UUUUCGAACGAGGUACACGCGGUGGGCUGACGCAAGCCAGCAAGCGUUACGCCAAGGCGAACAACCCGAACACGCCUGGGUACAAAGCCGACGAACCCGAACACAUGGCUCGUCUAUCAAGAUGCUAAUAAUUUAUACGGGUGGAGUAUGUCUCAAAACAUUCCUUACGGGGGGUUUUCGUGGUACGCUGGAAAUCCGGACGUAGCAUUAGCUCAACUCGAGUAUAUGGAGGAGGCAGAUGACGUGGGCAGAGUGUACGAAGUCGACAUAUCGUAUCCGCAAAGUCUGCACGACGAGCACAACGACAUGCCGUUCCUACCACACGCAAGCAUUCCACGCGGGUCUAAAGUUCGGAAAUUAAUGGUCACAUUUGAACGCAAGGAAAACUACGUCAUACAUUAUAUGAAUUUGAAACAGGCCAUUGCUAACGGGUUGAUCGUCGAAAAGGUGCAUCGAGUGCUACAAUUUCGACAAUCUCGAUGGCUCGCACCGUAUAUCGCGCUGAACACGGGGAUGCGUGCACGGGCGGCCAAUAAAUUCGAGGAGCAAUUUUUCAAAGACAUGAACAACAGUGUAUUCGGUAAGACAAUGGAAUCAAUGAGGAAACGUAUUAACGUAGAACUUGUGUCGUGCCCCGCCAGGAUGCGAAAACUGAUUAACCGCCCGACGUUCAAACAAUGCACCAAUUAUAGCGAAAAUCUCGCUGCAGUGACUAUGCACAAUAAAGAGAUCGAUUUCUGCAAACCUAUUUACAUCGGGUUUGUCAUACUCGAGCGGAGCAAGGAGUUGAUGUACGAAUAUCAUUAUAACGUGAUGAAACGUCAUUACGGCGACAAUAUCAGCCUGUUGUACACCGAUACUGAUUCUCUGAUAUAUCACGUGAAAACACGCGAUUUUUACGACGAUGUGGCGAAUAAUCCGAACUUGCUGAAUCGUAUGGACGCAUCUAAUCUACCACCUGAUCACAGGUGCUACACUUUGGCACGUAUGAAACUACCAGGAUACUUUAAGGACGAGAUUGCAGGCCGUAAUAUGCAUAGGUUUAUUGGAUUACGUGCUAAAUCAUACGCGUACGAUAUCGAGGGUACCGUAAAUAUCAGGUCCAAGGGAGUCCGGGGACAUGUUAUUAGAAAUCACCUGACUUUCAACGAUCACAUGCGCUGUUUAUUCGCCGACGACGAUGACGAUGACGACGACGACGACGACGAUGGUUCGGACGCGGAAGAUUAUCGUGAUAAGGAGUUCGACGCGUCGACGGGGAGGCUGAUAGCUCGAGAUUGCGCGCGUAUUGUCAUUAAGCGCAUACAUCGAAACGCCGCGAUUGCAGUGAUUCCACCGACAACACAACACCCGCCGCCUCAACCACCACCACCACCACCACCACCACCACCACCACCACAAUCCUACAUGCCGUAUACGGCGUAUGGAGAAAAUAUAUCUAUCCGAUCGUAUAAGCACCAAGUCAGCACGAUUAGGACUAGUAAAUUAGUCCUAAACAGAUUCGACGACAAACGACAUAUUCUCCCUAAUCGUAUUGAUACCCUAGCACAUGGGCAUUAUCGAAUUGAUUAA